AUGGCAGACUCCAAAUCCAAGGCCCCGGUCACAACACAAACCAACGCGCGGGGAAUUCCCGUCGCUCCCUUCGUCGACAAUGUGGCCGACUAUGUCUCCUCGCGCGAUGACGUCGAGCCAACCCUUCGCCGGUUCCAGGAGAUGAUCUCCAAGUACCAGUUCAUGGAAGUGAACAGCCAGCGCCGCGGGCAGGGACUGCGCGAUAAGAUCCCGGAUAUCAAGAAGACAUUGGAGAUGGUGCAGUUCUUGAAGCUGCGCAAGGAGGCCAACCCCGACUCCGAACUCGAGACCAACUUCGAACUCAAUGAUACCCUCUACGCUCGUGCUUCUAUCUCCCCCGCUGAUACUGAGGAGGUGUACCUUUGGCUGGGUGCUAAUGUCAUGUUGGCGUACCCGCUUGAGGAGGCAGAGGCUAUGUUGAAGGAGAAGCUUUCGGCGGCCGAGUCGAGUUUGGCUAAUUGUGAAGAGGACCUGGAGUUCUUGCGCGAGCAGAUUACGACGCUGGAGGUUGCUACGGCUCGUGUAUACAACUGGGAUGUGGUGCAACGGCGGAAAGAGAAGGGUGAUGGGAAAGAUGAUACAGAGAAGUCUCGGCCUGGUUGA